AUGUUGACCAAGGUUUCCGCCAUCGCGGCCCUAGCGGCUGCUGUCCGCGCGCAGCAGGUCUGCACCCUCAACACUGAGACCAAGCCUGCCCUCACCUGGUCCACUUGCGCUGCCGGAGGCUCCUGCACCACCAACAACGGAGCCAUCACCGUCGAUGCCAACUGGCGCUGGACUCACCAGACCAGCGGCAGCACAAACUGCUACACCGGCAACAAGUGGGAUACCUCCAUCUGCAGCACUGGCGAGGACUGUGCCUCCAAGUGCUGUCUCGAUGGCGCCGACUACUCCGGUACCUACGGUGCUAGCACCACGGGCAACUCCCUCAGCCUCAAAUUCGUCCAGCAGGGUCCUUACAGCAAGAACAUCGGUUCUCGCAUGUACCUCAUGGACAGCGCUGGCGAGAAGUACGAGAUGUUCAAGCUUCUCGGCCAGGAGUUCACCUUUGAUGUCGACGUCUCCAACCUUGGUUGCGGCCUGAACGGCGCCCUCUACUUCGUCUCCAUGGACGCGGACGGUGGUGUCGCCAAGUUCCCCACCAACAAGGCCGGCGCCAAGUACGGCACCGGAUACUGCGACUCCCAGUGCCCCCGCGACCUCAAGUUCAUCGACGGCAAGGCUAACGUCGAGGGCUGGACGCCGUCCUCCAACGACGCCAACGCCGGCGUCGGCAACAUGGGCUCCUGCUGCUCCGAGAUGGACAUCUGGGAGGCCAACUCCGUCUCCACCGCCUACACCCCGCACCCCUGCGAGACCAUCGGCCAGAAGAGCUGCUCCGGCGACGCUUGCGGCGGAACCUACAGCACUACCCGCUACGCCGGUCAGUGCGACCCCGACGGCUGCGACUUCAACAGCUACCGCAUGGGCAACACCUCCUUCUACGGCAAGGGCUCCCAGUUCGCCAUCGAUACCUCCAAGAAGAUCACCGUCGUCACCCAGUUCGUCGAGUCCGGCGGCGCCCUCACCGACAUCAAGCGCUUCUACGUCCAGGACGGCAAGGUCUUUGCCAACUCCAAGUCUGACAUCGCCGGCGUCGACGGCAACUCCAUCACCCCCGGCUUCUGCACUGCUCAGAAGAAGGCUUUCGGCGACGAGGAUGUCUUCACCCAGAAGGGCGGUCUUCCUCAGAUGGGCAAGGCUCUUUCUGAGGGUAUGGUUCUGGUCAUGUCUGUCUGGGAUGACCACCACUCCAACAUGCUCUGGCUCGACUCCACCUACCCCACCGACAAGACCGGCCUCGGCACCGCUCGCGGCACUUGCAGCACCAGCUCCGGUGUCCCCGCCGACGUCGAGUCCCAGGCCCCCGACUCCACCGUCAUCUUCUCCAACAUCAAGGUCGGCCCCAUCGGCUCCACCUUCAACUCUGCCGGCACUGCUUAA